AGCCCCCGCCUACCCCCAAGGAGUACCCACCCUCAGUCGUGACCUUGGGCCCCAAGCUGGCAAGACUGGUGCCCAGCGGGAGCUCUGCUGAUGGGGGGACAGCAUUCCGAGUGUCAUACACACAGCUGCACUCACAGGUACCCGCUGUACCAGCUGGGCGGCCCCCAGCUCCGUGUAUUCCGGACCAACUUCUUCAUCCAGCUGGUGCGGCCCGGCAGGCCCCAGCCUGAGGAUACAGUGCAGUUCCGAAUCCCCAUGGAGAUGACCAGGUUGGACCUUAGGAACUACCUGCAGAGCAUCUACGGGGUGCCCGUGGCGGCCGUGCGGACGAGGGUACAGCACGGCUCGAACAGGAAGCGGGAUCACAGACAUGUGAGAGUGAAGAAACCUGACUACAAGGUGGCCUACGUGCAGCUGGCUCACGGACAGACCUUCACGUUUCCAGAGCUGUUUCCUGAGCAGCCGCCGGACGCCAAGGGCAGCGAGGACUUGGACCUCCAGGACCACCUCCUGGAGCAGGAGCAGCAGAGACAGAUCAGUGACCCCCGGCGCGGCGGGGUCCCCUCCUGGUUCAGCCUGUGACAGGGACCCAAUAAAAGCCGUGCUGUGCAGACCA